AUGACGCUGGCUUUUUCUGUACUAUGCUAUGCAGUCGCAUUUGCACCAUCUUUAGCUAUUUUUGUUAAAAUUGUUUCACACGAUGCUUUGAGAGUAAUAUUGUUCUUUCUCGGGUGAGUUUUAAUGGUGUUUACUAUGUUUUAGAGGAAGAAUUUUAUGUAAAUUUUGAUAUUUUAAACUUUUUGAUAUGUUGUUUAUCUUGUUAAUUGAAUUUUUAGUUAAUUCUGAUGUUUUAAAUCUUUUGUGAUGUUAUAUUAAGAAUAUUUAUUUCAGGUCCUUCUUUUGGUUAUUAUCUAUUCUUCUGUCAGGUGCUAUCGCUCUAGUAUCACCAACAAUACCUGCUGUGAUAAUAUCAGCGUUGUUACAAGAAGCUGCACGCGCUGGAUAUUACCUCCUACUUCAUCGUGCUCAACGAGAUCUGGAAAAAGUUGCGACUGGUCGAUUUUCAAGCCUAAAGUCGUCUUUGAAUCAGCGACAUGUUCUGGCAGUCGUGGUUGGAUUGGGGUUUGGAGUUACUGCGGCCUUGUUGAUGCUGGUUAAUGUUUUGGCCGAUUAUUCGGGUCAUGGAGUUGUUGGACUACCAGCUAGUGUCUCUGAGGUAAGGUUUUGUUUUUGUUGUUCUUGGUUUAGAGUGUGGAAGACCUUAGUUUUGUUAAAACAGAAGGUUUGAGGGAGCUUUUAAAAGUAAUUUGAAGAGCAAGUGUGACAAUUUUGGUUUUUUUUAAACAUGAAAACGACAAAUUAUAUUGUUUGUUACCAGUUUUUGCAAAGUUAGUACCUAUAUUGUUACCCAAUCAUAUUUAGAAUUUUUUGGUAUGAAAAGAUGCGAAAGAAAAUAAAGGAAUUUAGAAUAAGUUUCAAGUACUUUAAUGUAUGUAUAAGUUAGUAAAAAUUUCAAAUCAUGUCAGUUAUGAGUUAUUUGUAAUCACAAUUAUUUUUCGGUGUAAAACUUCUUUCGCCAGUCUAUAUAUUCUUAAAUUGCUUUUUUUAGAUAGCGAAGAAUCUUCCAAUAAAGUUGACGAAAGAAGAUGCUGGAUUUCCAUUGAAGUACUCCAUCAGCCAGUCAAUCCUCAUCCUGGAUCAUAUUGCCUGGAACAUUGUUCUCUGGGACGGCUGCCACAAUCGUGCCAACAAUCUAACACGAAACUGGAUUUUUGGUAUCGCAUCUCCUGUCUUUCUCCACGUGCUGAAUAACAUCAUAUCUCUUGGCAAGGAUCAUAUUGGAGCUUUCGUUAUUUUGUGCCAAGUUGUGGUAUUCGCAUUGAGCAGUGUGCAUGCUUAUGUUGUGGUGAAGAAUCCGGCCCAAUUCCGAGGUGUGGCAUCGAACGAGGCUCAUACUGACUAG